CUCAAAUCAGGCCGUUAACGAUGAGAGUGUCACUAUAUAAGCCCUGUGCUUGCCGGAUACAUGGAAAGGCGGUUCGAUCUCUUCGAAUCUUUCCUUCGUCGUCGUCGUCGUCAAAGAGGUGCAAACCCUAGUCGUAUCCAUGGAAAGGCACCGCGGAGACCGCUUCGACGACCGUCCUGGGGACCACUUCGGCGAUGGCAGCGGUCGGCGGGUGCCUUCUCGCUGGUCCUCCGACAGCACCACCGAACGGCAACCGCGCUACCCUAGGGGCGGCCAUGGAGGCAGGGGCGAAGAUGUAUUCGGAGGAAAUAGUAGCUCUGGAGGCCGAUUCCACCCCUACCGUGCGCCGCAGGACUUCCCGCCGCCGCCUCCCACUUCCGGCUUCCGUGACGGAGAUGCUGGGGAGUUCGGCCCGUCGCCGCCCGUGGGUGGCCCCAGGCGCGGGUUCUACGGUCGAGGAGGUUCUCCAGAACGUGCUGGUGGAAAUAAAAUUGCGAAGCUUUUUAUUGGAGCAGUUCCAAGGACAGCAACUGAAUUAGAUAUUCGCCCCUUGUUUGAGGAGCACGGAGAUGUCAUUGAAGUAGCCUUUAUCAAGGAUAGAAAAACAGGCGAGCAACAAGGAUGUUGUUUUGUUAAAUAUGCAACUUCCGAUGAGGCCGAUAGAGCCAUCAGGGCUUUACAUAAUCGAUAUACUUUACCUAGAGGAACAGGACCUAUUCAGGUAAGAUAUGCCGAUGGAGACAGAAAUCAUCCUGGUGCUGCUGAUGACAAAUUAUUUGUUGCAUCGCUGAACAAGCAAGCUACUGCAAAGGAGAUUGAGGAUAUUUUUUCUCCAUAUGGACGAGUUGAAGAUGUCUACAUAAUGAGAGAUGCAUUAAAUCAAAAUCGUGGUUGUGGCUUUGUUAAAUUCUCAAAUAGAGAGAUGGCAGCUGCAGCUUUGAAUGCUCUUAAUGGAACUUUUGUGAUGAGGGGAUGUGAUCAACCCUUGGUUGUUCAAUUUGCUGAUCCUAAGCGGCCUAGGAGUGCAGACCAGAGGAAUGGACCUGCAUUUGGUGGACCUGGUCUUAGUCCUCGAUCUGAUGCAACAUUAGUUAUCAGGCCAACAGCUAAUCUGGAUGAACCAAGAAAUGGGAGUAAAACAGCUGAUUCUUGGCAGUCACCAAGUCCUGAUUCCUUCAGUCCUGAUUCCCAGUCUAAUCCAUAUGGAUGUGGAGCUACCUUGCAAGUCAAAGGUGGCCCCAUUGCAAUGACUUCAGAUCCUGGCAUUUAUGGACCAACUGCUGUUUCGAAUUCUGGAUCAGUCUCAAGUCUUUCAGUGCCACCAUCACAGCAGGGAUUCAAUCCUUCAAUGGCAGCAGUCCCUUCAUUUGGUGCCCAGCAAAUAUCACCAUUGCAGAAGCCAAUGAUACACCCACGAAACUUCCCAUUGCCUCUCAAGCUGCAGUCCCAGCAAGGGCCUGCUUCCCACAUACAUUUGUUUAAUUUUCAGGGACCUCCACAGCACCUUGGACAGCUUCAACUUCCUCAAUCCAGUGGCUUAUCCUCGAACCAAGACAUACCAUCACAGCAGUUACCUGGAUUGAGUGGGCAAACAUCCUCACAGCCUUUACAUCCACAAAAAGCCUCUUCUAUAGUCCUGCAAGCUCCUUUUAGCCUACAAGCACAAGCGAUGCCCACUACUGCUAAUCUUUCACAGUUUCCGGCGUCUAAUGUUACACCUCAAAUGCUUCAGCAACCUAUUCAACAGUUUCCAUCACAAGUACCCCAGAUGUUGCUCCAACAACAGGCACAAGCUUUACAAUCUAGCUUCCAAUCAUCUCAACAAGCAAUUUUCCAAUUGCAACAGCAGCUUCAACAAAUGCAACAGCAGCAGCAAGUAUCUGAGGCCUCUAAAUUGCAGUCUGCAUGGGGUGGAUCACAAUCAACAUCAAUUCCUCCUAGCACAGCUGCCAGCGUGCCUGCUUCAGUCAUCACUACAACUGUGUCAACUCUUCCAGUUGCAGUAAAUGCUUCACCUACAGUUUCUAUACCUUGCAAUUGGACAGAGCAUACAUCUCCAGAUGGAUUUAAGUAUUACUAUAAUAAUGUUACUCAAGAAAUGUGCCAGUGGGAGCAGCCUGAAGAAUUGAUUCUAUUUGAGCAACAGCAACAACAGCAGGAAUUGCUUCUGUUGCAGCAGCAGCAGCAGCAGCAACAACAAAAACUUUCUUUCCAGCUGCUUCCGGCACAAGCUGAUCCCAAACCGCAUACACAAGUUCAACCAACCCAGCAAGUUUUGCCAGCUCAACAAGUACAACCUCAAAUGCUGAGGCAACAGUAUCAAGCUUCUGGUGGAGUCCAACCACAUAUGCAAGGGAUUUCACCGGCACAAGAUUGGACUUCAAAAAACAAACCUGCAGGUUCUUUAAAUUCUCAUUCUUACAUUGUACAACUCUAUUGUUAACAUAUCUCUGCAAAUUUUUCUCGGUGUAAUGAUGAAUGUUAUUUUUAGUCUUCUCAGUAGAUAUUAGUCAACCAACAAUAUUUUUUGGUUUCAUUCACUAGUCUGAGAUGUGUUCUUUAAGAUAUAUUUUGGUUAGUCUAGAUUAGUUCAUAUGUUUGCCCAUAGAGCUGCUGUGAUAUUAACUACUAAGAAUUCCUACGAGUUUCAUCCUAUUUCUGUAAUGCAAUCCUUUAUUUAAUCCAGUUCAAGUUCAACUAAUAAUUUAUGAUGGUCCUGAAAUUACUGUUUGGUAUCACAUUAACAAUGUCUCCGUUUUAGGUUGAUUCUGAAGUUAUGAGAGUGGAGUGAUCAAAGAGGAAGACAACGUAGAAUUAUCACAACUAAGAGUUUAAUCUCUGUAGCUUAUCCCGCUUAGUUUCCUAUUGAUGUGAUGAAUUUAUUCCAUGAAAUUAAGAAAUUCUCAACACUCCAUGUGUCAUAUAUGGACUCAAUUCAAGUUGAUGGUUUUUUGUUCAUGGUCCUAUUUUUCAGCUUAUGUACUGAUUUUGAUGUUUGAGUUCUUUUAGGUACUUGAUCCAACCAUGAGUCCGAGUAUAAAAGCUUUAAAAGGCUUCAGAUCGAGUGUUUCUAAACAUGUAACCAUUAUCGGCUGGCUAUCAAAUGGCUGUUCUUGCUGUUUAAUGCCAAUAUUUCUCCUUAAACUUUGCAGUGUAUUACUAUUAGCAUUUUGUAAAAGCAAGUAGUGUUGUAUUUAUAUCCCCCCUUUUGAGUAAACUUUUAUUUCUUAGGUCGUCUAUGUUGAUAGUUGGCGAUGCUCUUUGCUCUCACAUGUCGGUAACACGGACCAACUCAUUGCUGUCACAUUUCACUGCCUUCUAUAGGGAAUGUGCCUCAACCUCAUGAAUGGCCUUCAGUACAUUGACCUAAAGUAUUCUUACAAAUCAACAAUAAGAGACAUGGUGUUCCUUCUCUUCUUACAAAUCAAUGACCUAAACUAUUCUUCCGUAUAGACUGAAGCAGUUCUUUUUCUCUUGAAACAGGUCUUGGAAGUUUCUUCCUAACUCUUGAGAACCCUCCAAAUUGAUUCCAUCGAAUCCAACAUCAUGAUCCCAUCCAUGUGAAUCUAAAAUCGGUCUCACGAGCAACUGAUCAUGACAUAAUACACAGCGGAAUCUGUGUACCAGGUAAUCAGCAUCAAAAGGUAAUGGGAUAGUCAUAUCUGACACUUGCAUAACCUCUUGGGAAGCAACGUAUCAUGGUGAAGCAUUAUUUCUCUUCGCCUUCUAAGUUCUUCCUUCCCUUGCUUCUUUAGAUACAAGGUUUCCUGGUCAGCUAACUCAGCAAGGUACACAUUUCUCUGGACUUUGGAUGGGUUUUAGAACUGUGCUUUUGUUAAUAUACGAAUUGGAGGUAGGUUAUCGUAAUCAUCCUCAUCAUUGUCCAAAAUCUCAUCUGUAUCAUCAUCAUCAUCAAUGCCAUCAGCAGUAGCUAAGGAACGGUGAUGAAGUAUAGACGAGAGGAGAUGAGGCAACGAAGGCGACCGACUGCCAUUAGGUGUUAGUUGAAAGCUGUCCUGAAACUUUAAUAGCGAGUUGCAGCACAUAACAGCAAUAACUGAGAUAACCACACCUGGUCAUUUGGUUGAACCUUCUCGCCUCGAGUAUUAGUUCUACACAUCGGAUGGUUUUCUACCAGCACAACAGGAGUUUUGAAUUGUGCAUUUGAAACAACCUGACGUAUAUAAUGUUGAAGGAUCAUUGUGCACUUGUGCACAAAAGCAUUGUAAGCGACAGGGAAGCCCUCAGAUCCAUCAGGAGGAUGUGAUGAGGAAUGUGUCAUGACCAGAACUGUGUUAAACCAGAUUGAAGAACCAAAGAUAUCGGUUAUGAGCUUAAGUAGUGGAUAAUCGCUAUAUUCCCCAAGAUGCACUUGGUGAUUAAACUAAGACAGUUUGUGUAUCCAAAAAACUUUAUUGUUAUAAGAGUUUACAUAGUUUUGCCUUCCUGAGUCCUCUGUAUAGAUUAGUUUCUUGCUUGGUCAUUUGUCAUGACUUUGCUUUGUACAUGAAGACAAUUUAUUUUAUCAAAACAGCAUAACUAUUGUAAUAGUAUCAUUUUGUUUUACUAACAAUUGUCAUCAUCCUCAA